CAACUCAUCCCACUGACAAAAUUUCCCCUCCCCCUUCUCAAUCGUCUGCCUGCCCCCCCCCCGUUGCUCUUAGUUGCCCCCACCUGCCUGACCGGUGAGAACGUUGGCCCGUCGUGUCGAAAAACUACCUUAAACAUUGGCUCCACCUCUGACGGAAGAAGAACCUCCCCCGAUCCUCGCCGUAAGAUGUAGCAAAAGACAACAACGGUGUCAGUCUUGCGUUGCAUCACCAUCAAUUACCAUCCUUGCAACUUUACCGACUUUUCUUGUCCACCGCGCCCAACGUCUCGCCCUUCUCCUCUCUCCAGACACCCAGUCUUGCGCUGGGCCACGGUGGACUGACCAUCUUGCGCUUGAGAAUCACGAGUUUUUACUAGUUGGAAAGGCCAAUUCCGCUUCUCUCUCGGCCAGUCGUGAUUUUGCGUUGAAGGCUUCAACUUCAACGACAGUCGCGCUCCCCCUACUAUUCAGAAUAAAUAAUGGACGCGCUUCAAAGUUUUACUCAUCUCACCGACAAUAUUCCCUCCUGGCUCUCCGAUCUUGACGAUGUGGUGCAGCAGAUCAAGACCUACCAAACCGAGAUCUCGAACGUUGCAAAGCGGAGCGAUCGCGACGAUGCGAACAACGAUGGCGCCGACAUUGUAUCGAUAAAGUCAAAAGCCAAAUCACAAAUGGGCUCCAAUACUUCUGUUAUGCCGAUCGAGGAGGGCGAUAAUAUUGAGAGACCCACGGCUUUUGCGAAAGCUCAAGCCGCCCAAAACCCUUCUUCACAACCUUGGCCCUCCUCGCAGACACCUCGCAAGCGCAAAACAGACUCUGUCUUAUCAGGGCCAAGGCAGGACUCACUGCCAUUACGCCGAAAGAGUGUCGUUGUCUACUAUGACUCAACGAUUCAGAGCUCGUUUGAGGCAUUGGUACGCGACAUUAGCGUGGCGAGAAAUAAUCUUCGCAAGGGGAAAAUGGCUGCUCGCAUGAAGCAGCUUACAUCCUCCAUGGCGAAUGAUUUCUCUGGUAGACCUUCUUUCCCCAAUAGAAGAGGGCCACCCAUGGGCCCGAAGCUUGGAUAUGCACGAGCCGGGCGUGACUCGCAAUCGCCAGGCUCCUUUGGCGGUCAAGCACCCGGAAGUCCCUUUGAUGAGGCUGAUAAGGGCCUCGAGAGGGCACAGAAUCUGACCGAAGUAGCAGCCCAUCAGUUCCUAAGGGAAGGUGAUUGCGGUCCAGAAAUGGACGGCAUCAAAGAAGGGCUCGAAGAGGCAAGUCACGUAGCGGAAAAAGAGGUUAAACGUCUACGGGAGGAAGAGGAAAAGGAGCAAGAAAUGGAACGAAGGAGAGCCCAUACUCGACAGACUGAUCAGAUUGAGGCCGACGAUGAGGACACCGGGUCCGAGUCGGAUGGCAGUGGCUAAGAUAUACGUAUGUAAUUUGGUGCGUUCAGCGAUUUCAGCAUUUCAGCAUGGUGUUUGGUGCUCUUUUACUCGUGUGCUUUGUCGGUUAGGUGCAAGCAUCAUGGGGCUUUUGUUCAAUUGGAUAGCGUCAUGCUCAAUUUACCUUGAUAUUUUGAUUCCAUGUAAAUCUAGCAAAAUUUCACUUUGAAAGCUGACUGUCUAUUUCUGUGGACCUUUAUUCGUAUGAACGUACUCUUGUGCUCGGAAAAGUAGUCCGGU